AAAAAUCUAAAGUGUGCUCAGCGCUUCAAUAUCAUGACAGUUGGUAUGACUGCCCAACGCUAAGUCUGUAACUUUUUGAUAUGAGUGUGUUGGUUCUUUCUCAUGUCCUUAUAAGUACGUAGACUCAGUGGCAGUCAUGGUAAGCGUCCAUUUGAGCUGUUUUUUAUUUUGCCUUUUACUGGCUGCAAUUGGACUGGAGAUAUCUGAAAAAUGUUUCCUGACUUUUAAAUCAGUGAUGUGAAAAACUGCAUAUUUGAAAUCAUUAAGUAUCUUUUUUGGCACUCAGUUUUAAUAUCGUUCACAUGGAAAGUCACAGAGCGUUUGAAAACUUGAAUGACUCAAUAGAGCCAGAUUAGAUAUCCAGCUAUAAAUUAGAUCUAACAUGGUAAAUGGCAGUGUUAUAACUGGGUUAUUGCUUAUCAAGCCUUUAGAGGGAGCCAUGCAUCAUUUUGCAGGAGUAAUGUAGUGAAGAAAUGAGGAUAUUAAUCACUGGAACGAUGAUUAGGGCUUGUUAGGAGAUAAUCUCCAAAUGAUAUCCACACUCAUCUUGAAUUAAUUAGUUACUUAUUAGUAUAUAUUUUACAAAAUGUAUGCAAUUAUACUGUUAUCAACUUUCAUACUUGCACUGUUCAUACACAAGAUCAUUAGUCCGUCAUUUGCUUAAGCAGCAUGGCUAUUGGGUCACAUUAUUUAUUAACUUCAUGCCAAGUAGGAGGAGGCUGAAUAUAUAGGUUGAUAGAUUUUGUCAACAACAUUAAAGCAAAUUUGUUUCUGAUGACCAGAGAGCUUCUUAAUCUAUUCAGGCCUUUUGCAUCAUUAUUUAUCUAUAGAUACUGACAUAGAGCCUCAAUUCACAAGCCACCAAGCAUGCAAGCAAUUUUCAAGCUUUCUAAAACUGCAGUGUUUGCGGCAUCAAAGUUGAAAAUGAGAAAUCACAAUGAGCCUCAAAACACAUCAGAAUGGAGCCCUGCGCGCUGGGUAUAUUGUUUCAUGUAGAAAAAGAAACAGUGCAGCUUUGGCGUCAUCUGCAUUCCUCUAAGCAUCACAGCACAGAGAUGGCCUGAAGGGGGAAAAAAAGAAAAGAAAAAGAGCUUGCAGGAAACUCAAAACUGCACUCUCGAAUCUCACUAAAAGGAAUUAACUUUAUUAAACGCUGGAGGAGGCAUAUUUAAAGUGAAAUCAAGCUUGUUUUCAGAACACUGAAGUUAGAAAAUAUAGAACUAACAAUAGCGCUGAAAGCAUGACUGCAGUUAGAGCGCAUAAAGUGCCCUUUUGAGUCACGUUUGUGACUCACAACUGAGUACGAGGUGUCUCACCAAAUUGUCGUAAUCUUUCAGUGUGCACGUAAGCGUUGCGCUUUCAACAGGAACAUGUGGUUUCUGAAAAUUAGCUCGUAAACUUUGACUGUUGUUGCAUUAACUUAAUAGGAACCGUAUUGUAGUGGGGUAAAAAUUCCAGCUGUUCCAGCUGUUGUGUUCCCAAUGAUAUGACAGUAUGAUUAUCAGUCAAAAUAUGUUCCAGUGGAUAUGAAAAAAGCCUUUAAAUGUAUUAUUAUUGGUUAUAUCUGUUAAAAACAGUGUAACAAAAUAUCAGAAACCACCCUUUUUAAUUGUGAAUCCCUGUAUUCACGUCUUUUUCCGAAACUACCUAAUGUGGCGUGCACAAUAAACAGUUGCUUAAUUAACACAUGAGCACGCACACACAGCGUUCGUCUAUCUGUUUAUUUUUUAGCACUUUAAUGACUAACCUGCUACUAUGAUAUUCGUUUUAGAGUAAAUUCGAUUGAUCUCAGCUGUUUCUCAAGUUUUGUGGAAGAGCUUGCCGGUGAUUCAGUUAUUACUGCUAAGCUGUCCGAAGAGCUCUCAAAGUGAUGGAGGAUUUCUCCACCCAACAUUGCUAUCAAAAUGUGUUGUGUCUGUCUGGCGUGCUGCUUCCUGUUUAUCAUCCCAAAGCAUUAAGAAAACUCAUUUCCAGAGAAUAAGUCUCAGCGCACUUUACAAGAAGAUGUGGAAGAAAAAUAAACAAGAAAAAGAAAUUUGAGGCAUGACUCUAGUACAAAGAGAUCUACAGGUUUUAAGCCUCGCUUUAUUGUUCCUGUGGAAGAAGUAAUUGAACUAAGCAAACCUGUAGAUUGGAAAAAGUUUGGAAUUGCAGAUGAGAAUGAAACUUUGUCUAAAACACUCAAAUAUUUUGAGUUUGCUUCUCGCAAGAAGCCUCUGCUUUCCAGAAAGGAGAGCUUAGAUUUGUUGACUUGCGUAAAGCUGGGAUUAUAAAGUAAUUUCAAAGUUAAAUAUUCAUUAACUCACAAUUGUCUGUAAGUAGAGAAAAUUAAGUACUGUGGCUAUUCUUGGUAGAAGUGAGCAUUUAUGUAAGAUUACUCCAAAGACGCAAAGCAGAAUGCUCAUUUAAGUAGAUGUUGUUAACAUCUCUUUUCAUCACUCUCCGUUGCGAACAAAUCAGUGAACAGACAUGUUGACGUUGAAGUGUAUGGGUACUACAAAGGUGUGGUACAUUGGAGGACUGCUUUGUUGCCUGUGGGCCAUAACAGCUUGGCAUCACCCACAUGGAAAUUACAUUAAUUUUACAGGACAAAAUCACAGUGGCUGUUUAUGAGUUGAAGCUCAGCAUGUUAAUUCUUUAAGUGUAUUAACAUCAGAACAUUACUGUGUUAAUAGUAAUAAAUACUUGUGUUUUCGGGAGAUCAUAUCACACCUAAUAACCGAAAACUGUUCACAUGCUUUUCAUCUCUGUAGCUGCUGGCCCUUUAUUCUGACUACCAAGUUCUGCAGACACAAUUCAGAAGCUUUAAUUUCAGCACUAUGUCGACGGUAGACUGUGCCAGCUGCUGUCAUGUUAUGUCAGUGUGGACGGGUUUCACCUAAGGAGCUGCUACAGUUUUGACUUAUCAUACAGUAGCAGGUAAAAGUGGAGACGUCCGAAGCAACACUAAUGAUGACCCAGUUCUAGUGAAGUGAGUACCUCAACCCAGCUCCUGAGGACAUGAGUCAAGGGACUGUAGGGUUACAUUUUUCCAUGAAUUCAUUUUCUCAACUACUUGUGCAAUUCAGGAUUGUGGGUGGGGUUGAUGCCUUUAUAAAAGACUCAUAUUGAGUGCAGAUACAGAUGAAGCCUAUAUCUGCAGUGAGCACAGCUGUCUGCUGGAUUUAACAGUCUAGCCCUUAUUUUCAAGCUAUUUAACUCUAGCGUUAAUGUUCUCUGGCAAACGGCUAGUGUAAAGCUUACAUGAUAUAGGAAACGUGAACUCACCAAGCCAAAGGUUGCAGCACUGUGCACCAAGCAAAAUGGCAUAUUAUUAAUAUACCAAUAGGUCUAGAGCAUAUCCCAGCUAGCAAAAUGCCCAGUAAAGUAAAAGAACGAAGUAUUAAAGUAUUAUUAUACUUUAAUAUACUCUUUACUUGCUUUUUAAAUUCAUUUACUUAUCUAUUUUAUUAGAAUUGGGUUCCCAAACUUCUCAGUAGCAACAGUGCCUGGCACGGCCUUUUGGGUAAUGUAGUUCUAAGAAUGAUUGACACUUCUGAAGUAUCGCGCAAAGCGACAAACUGGCUAACCGUGCGUGCUUCUGAUGUACCUGCAGGUAUGCGCUUCUGUGCUUUGGGAUUCGUUUGUUUACUUGACACAAAGAGAGCUGACUCUUCCUGUCGCCCCCUCCCUGCCAGGCCUAACUUUAUUUAUGAGGCUUGUAGCAAUGUAAAUCGUACCCAGAACUUGUGUCACUUGCCGAUAGACGUGAGGCCGGGCAGUGCUGGCUGUAAACAUGUGGGUUGCUUGUAUCAGGGACGAUGGUGUGAAAUCGGUUAAUUUGGCACUAAUGGGCUCUGAGCGCAGUUGAAGGGUCACUUCUCGUCCGCGGAGACUUUGUGAUGGGGGAUCUGGAGCGAAGCAUCACUUACGCUGGUGACUUCACUUGGAACAGCUUGUCAGGAGGCACUGUUGGCCUCAAGCCCGUCCCCCUGCAAAGCCUCUCAGAAUUGGAGAGGGUUCGUCUCCAGGAUGUGGCCUUCAAGCGAUUGCUUCGGUGUCAUGACCUGGGCUGCCACAUCACCAUCCCUAAAUAUGGCCACAAGCACAAGAAGACACUCAGGAGGAAGUUGGAUUCAUUAUCUAAAGAGAAGAGUAAAGACAAAGACACCACGCCACAGGCGUUUGGCAUACCACUGUCGCAUGUCAUAUCCAACGACCGCAUGCACAAGCUGCGGCACGAUCACCCGCGGGAAGAGCACAGUGACCCCACUGAAUUGAUGCUAUCCUUCCUUCAUCUUACAUCUAGCUACAAAAGGGCUAACAAAGAGCUCUCCAGCAGCAACUCGUCACUGAGCUCCACUUCUGAGACCCUUAAUGAAUCACCACUGCCCAGCACACCAGACAUAGCCCCACGGACACGCAGACGGGGCGGAGUGUCUGUGGAUUGCAUCACUGACCUUGAUGACAACCAGUCUCGGCUCUUGGAGGCACUCCAGCUGUCUCUGCCAGAAGAGGCAGCUGGCAACACGAAGAAGCACCAUGACGAAAAGCUCAGCCUUAACCCUAUUUACAGACAGGUGCCCAAGAUAGUGGACCAGUGCUGCCAGCACCUGGAAAAAUACGCCCUACAGACAAUUGGAAUUUUUCGUGUUGGGAGUUCCAAGAAGCGAGUACGACAACUUCGUGAGGAAUUCGACCAGGGAUGGGAGGUUUACAUGGAUGAAGAGCACAGCGUCCAUGAUGUAGCUGCAUUGUUUAAAGAAUUCUUAAGAGACAUGCCUGAGUCACUGCUGACAAAAGAACUUUAUACAGCCUUCAUCAAUACAAUGUUGCUGAAUGUUUUAGAGCAAGACAGUGCCAUCCAGCUCCUGGUGUUUAUGCUUCCUCCCUGUAACAGCGACACGCUACAGCGCCUCCUCAGCUUGUUGUCCACUGUGUCUGCACAUGCUGAAGACAGCCUGGACAGUGAGGGACAUAAGGUUACAGGCAACAAGAUGACAUCGCUUAAUUUAGCUACCGUCUUUGGACCCAACCUCUUACACAAGCAAAAAAACUCAGACAAAGAAUUUGCAGUAGAGAGUUUUGCCCGUGCAGAGGAGAGUGCAGCCAUCAUCGGCGUUGUCCAAAAGAUGAUCGAUACAUAUGAUACGCUGUUUAUGGUGCCCCCUGACCUGCAGAAUGAGUUGUUGAUGAGUUUGCAGGAAACAGAUCCUGAUGUGGUGGAUUAUUUACUGCGGAGAAAGGCCUCACAAUGCUCAGAGCCCAGCCUUAGAUCAGAAGAGUCGUUCUCUCUGACUGACAGACGCUUGUCCAGUGACUCACACAAGCCAUCUAGUGGAGAGGUUUCCCCCUAUGACAAUAACUCCCCCGUCCUGUCCGAUCGACCGCGGUUUAAAUACACAGAGGACGGCAGUCUGCUCUCAGACAAAGUUCCCAGACAGGACAAACUCAGAGACCAAUCAAAAGACAACUCUGGCAGUACCUCCCCUACACUUUCUACUGACAAAGAGACCUCAGCUGACAGUUUCUGGGACACCUGGCAUGAGCUGUUCGGAAAGGAUUUCACUGGCAUCGCCGGAUACCUUGGAGACGUGUCGGAAUGUGACUCAUACGGCUCAUCCGAGGGGCUGAGCAGUCACCAAGGUAACAACAAGCUGCCUGUCAGUGCAACACAAAUGUCAUUGGGCGUUUCGGAAUGCAGGCCACACCCUCCGGUGACUCGCUGCAGCAGUGGUCCUGAUGACCAAAGAGAGCAGAGACAUCCAGAAUCGUUAUUAUUACAUCAGGCAAUGAGCAGCCAAUCGGGAGCUGUUAGCUCAGACAACUUAGCACAAAGGACAGGAUGCACUGAAUGUCCAUUACUCCAGGUCAGGACUGACAGUUUAUCUUCCCUUAACUGCUCUCGACCUCUAAGAGAGACUCAUAUUUCUCACUCCAUACCCUCCCUCUUAAAAUCUCAGCAUGACCCCCAAAUCCCACAACAGUCCCAGCAGAGCGCUGACUUCAAGAUUGUAGAUACAGCAGAUGCCACUGGGCCUGGAGAGGAAAAAGGCCCUGAUUCUUCAAACUGGCAGAAAGAGAGGUGGCAUAUAUGGAAGAUGAUGUCAAAAGAAAAUCCAGAAGCUCUACCAGAAACGUUGGUGUGA